AUGAUCUCUCUCAGUACUCUGCUCACUGUGCUCUUGCUUUCGACGGCGGCCUUGAUUCAGGCGUCGUCGCCCACGUACAGGCGUCUGCCUUCUCCUCGUCGUCGUGCCGAGCUUGAAGAUAAUUGGCUCGCACAGAGGCUCUUAACUGUUCCGAAAUUGCUCAAGCGGUAUGGUGUUGAUGCGUGGCUUAUCUCUCAAAGGGAGUAUGCCGAAGACACAAUAUUCAGGUCUUAUAAGCCUGCUACGGCUUUCUAUGCUAGGCGCCGGACUGUCUCUCUGUUCCAUGCCAAUGAAUCGUCUCUCGAGGGCCAUCCCAAUCCUGUCACAUGGAUCGAUAUCACCCCCGAGGUCUGGACGGAUCUCAACCGGGUUCUGGCUGCAUACGACCCGGAAAGGAUUGCAAUAAACGACGAUCCUACAGGACACAUCGCUUUCGCCGAUGGAUUGCAUAGCGGCGAGAAGAACGCGGUUCUCAAGGCGCUUGAUAAAAAAUGGGUCGACCGUUUCAUCUCCAUCCCUUUGAUUGCCAUCGAGUUCAUCUCCUAUCGUGUCGGCGGCGAGGGGCCUGGCGGUCAGCUGUUUUGGUAUCGGGCCAUGACGGAGAUUGUGUGGGCUAUGAUAGAUGAAGGUUUCAGCCACCGUGUUGUUACUCCUGGCCUCACCACAACGACGGAUGUGGAAUGGUGGUUCCGCGAGAAGAUGGAUCACUUGAACGUCACGACAUGGUUCCACCCGUCUGUGACCCGUUAUCAUGCGCCAGGCGCAUUGCAGUUGGUUAACUAUGACCAGUCAAUUAUCCAGCCGGGCGACAUGCUUCACGUCGACAUCGGCAUCACAGCCAUGAACAUGAAUACCGAUACGCAGCACCUCGCCUAUGUCGCUCGCUGGGAGGGCGAGCCCGUACCUGACGGCCUUAAGGAGGGUCUCAGGCUGGCGAACAGGAUGCAGGACCUUACCCUGGAAUAUAUGAGGGAAGGCAAGACGGGCAAUCGGGUGCUCAAGGAGGUGCAGGAAGAGAUGAAGGCGGAGAACAUUAAGGGCAAAGUGUACUGCCAUCCUAUUGGUGACUUCGGGCACGCGGCCGGCACAGGCUUCGUUGAUCACCAAGAAGGUAUGCCGGUCAUUGGAGACCUCCCGAUCCUGUCGCGCAGUGCCUACAGUAUCGAGCUGGAAUCAGAGUAUCGUGUUGACGAGUGGGGUGUCGAGAUACCCUUCCAGCAGGAGGAGGAUGUGCACUGGGACGAGGAGACUCAGACUUGGAAGUGGGUUUACGGCCGCCAAGAGAAGUUCCAUAUUGUCAAGUGGCAGCCGAUGCUGGUUAACCAAGCGGCUUGA